AAAGCGGCUGCGGGAGGAAGUUUUCAGUUGACCAAAGAAAUGGUGAUGGAGAAGCCAAGUCCCCUGCUGGUCGGGCGGGAAUUUGUGAGGCAGUACUAUACUCUGCUGAACCAGGCACCCGACUAUUUGCACAGGUUUUACGGAAAGAACUCUUCCUAUGUCCAUGGUGGCUUGGAUUCCAAUGGAAAACCAGCUGAUGCAGUCUAUGGACAGUCGGAUAUCCACAAGAAGGUGCUGUCACUAAACUUUAAGGAUUGCCACACAAAGAUUCGUCAUGUGGAUGCCCAUGCAACUCUCAAUGAUGGUGUUGUAGUCCAAGUGAUGGGAGAACUCUCCAAUAACAUGCAGCCUGUGCGCAGAUUCAUGCAAACAUUUGUACUUGCACCUGAGGGUUCUGUUGCAAACAAGUUUUAUGUCCACAAUGAUAUCUUCCGCUACCAAGAUGAGGUUUUUGGUGACUCUGACACUGAGCCUCCAGAGGAAUCAGAGGAGGAAGGGGAGGAACCUGAGGAAAGACAGCAGACGCCUGAGGCUGUUCCUGAUGAUUCUGGUGCUUAUUACGAGCAGGCUGUCAGCAAUGACAUUGAGGAACACCUGGAAGAGACGACUGCAGAGGCAGAGCCUGAGCCAGAGCCAGAGCCUGAACAGGAGCCUGAACCAGAGGUGCAAGAAGAAAAAUCUGAGCCGGUAUUAGAGGAGUCAGCUCCAGAAGAGACCGUGGAAAAGAGUCCUUCUCCAGCUCCUGCUGAUCCAACUCCUGCAGUGCAAGAGGACUCCAGGACAUUUUCCUGGGCAUCAGUAACCAGUAAGAACCUCCCUCCCAGUGGAGCUGUUCCAGUAUCAGGAAUACCACCUCAUGUUGUGAAAGUACCGGUCUCACAGCCCCGCCCUGAGGCAAAGCCUGAAUCUCAGACCCCACCUCAGAGACCUCAGAGGGAUCAGCGAGUGAGGGAGCAGCGAGCAAGCAUCCCACCACAGAGGGGUCCUAGACCAAUUCGUGAGGGUGAACAAGGCGAUGUGGAAACUAGACGGAUUGUGAGAUACCCAGACAGUCAUCAGCUGUUUGUUGGGAACCUUCCCCAUGAUGUGGAUAAAACUGAACUUAAAGACUUCUUCCAAAAACUUGGCUUUUCUCUUGCAGGCUAUGGCAAUGUUGUUGAACUCCGCAUCAACAGUGGUGGAAAGCUCCCCAACUUUGGGUUUGUGGUGUUUGAUGAUCCUGAACCAGUUCAGAAGAUCCUUAGCAGCAGGCCCAUCAUGUUCAGGGGAGAGGUGCGCCUGAAUGUGGAGGAGAAGAAAACACGAGCUGCCAGGGAGGGUGACCGCAGAGAUAACAGACCACGUGGACCUGGAGGCACUCGUGGGGGGCUGGGAGGUGGGAUUCGAGGGCCUCCGCGUGGAGGAAUGUCCCAGAAGCCAGGAUUUGGAGCUGGAAGGGGGAUCGGGCAACGCCAGUGAAUGCAUCACGGAUGUUGACAUGGUGGCGCAAACCCUUUUUCCUGCAGAUUUGUGAAUUUCAGCCUUGGGUAUCUUGGAAUGUGGCCCUAGCCUGUAUAGACUGCUACGUUUGAUACUAUUUUGGCCCCUUUUUGUUUGUGUUAUGGUUUUGUGAUUUUUUUUUUUCUAGUCCUUGUCCCAGAUUCCAGCUUUGUGGAACAACGUUUUAGGAAAAGUGGAUUUUAAAAAGAAAAGAACUGAUUUUUCUUGUUCACCUCAAACUUACGGACUGGAUUUUUUUGGUACCGGUGGUUUCUCCUAAAGGAAUGUCUCUUUUUUUUCUUCUUUUUUUUUUUUUUCUCCCACCCUUUCUACUGAAUUUGGGUGCGUUUCAGUCAGUGGAAUAAUAUUUCACGUGCAUGCGUUCAAGAGCCUGUAGGAAAGCAUAGUACUUGACAAGUAUUUCAAGGGCAGAAAAACAAAACUAUUGAUUUAUUCUUUAAGGGUCAUAUGAACAGCCUCUGGUCCGGAGAUAUUGCCACUUGAAAAAUUGACAUUCACCUUUCCCUUUGUGGCGCUGUAAAGUGGAAUAAUGGGUAUCUGUAAAAUCUUUUUUCUUUUGAUACAUGAUCACGGAAAGGAAUUCGAACUACUGUUUUACCACUUUAAAAUUUUGGAUUGUGGGAUAGGUUUUAAAUGUCUAGAACUUGACUCUUAAAACACUUUUCCUGAACUUGUGAAAUUUUUUAUUGAAAUAGGGAGUUUUUUUCAUGUUUAGUUUGUAUUUGUAUAAAAAAAAAAAGCAAAAUUGUUGUGCCUUCUAUUUAUCUCUCAUUCCAGUCUUGGCAAAUUGUUUAAAAAAAAAAAAUAAAAAAGGUCUAGAUUUGCUUUAUCAA